AGCUUGUCACCUUUCUUUCUUCUCUUUGGAUUUUCAUCUGUUCAGAAUAGCACUUUUGUUUCCUCUUCUGUAAUCCAUGGACUUUUUUUUUCAAAAACAUGGAUGUUGCUCGCUUGAAAAACUUCAAAGCCUGUAUCUCUUUAAAUGCAGGUUCCAUAUCUUGUUCUUCCCUGUGACAUCCAAGCUCUGGUUAGUUCAAAUCAGGGCUGUGAAAAUUGUGAGCCUCCACAUGUUGUUGGAGUAGAAUUCCUGUUAUUCCUGACCACUGACCAUGCUGGCUGGGGCUGAUGAGACUUGGUGUCCAGCAACAUCUGGAGGUUCCUGAAUCCUUGCAGAAGCUUUCAGUCACCUCCUCUUGGGCAUGGAACAGAGUAGAGAAGAGCACACAACUGAGUGAGCACAGGUCUUUUGCAAACUCAUUUUUGUAGCAGGGAAGAAUGAUUUCCCAUUAUGUCUGAACUGGGCCAUUGUCUUUUAGUAUCACCAGAUGCCACAUUGGACUCAGGCUAUUUGCUGUACUCAGUAAGUGACAUUUUGAGCUAAUUUUCAAUAAGGGGGAAAAAUAGAAUUCCUGUGGAACUUGUGUGAUGCUCCUUGAAUUUUGAAUUUUGAAAUGCUUUUUUAAAAACCAUUUAAUCUGUCAAAGCAAAUGUAGAACAACUAUUCUUUGGGGCUUAUAAUUCCACUUGUAUUGCUUUCAGUUACCAAAAUGUAAGUGAAAGAUGUACUCUGAGCUAUUUAAACUAGAUUUAGUAUCCAAUUAUAAUUUGCCUUAAUCAAAGUGGAACAGAUGUUAGCAUGAUGCCGAUCGUGCUUGGAGUGGCAUCUCGUAAACUAGGGAACUAAAAGAAUUUGGGGGGGAGGGUGGAAGGAAGGCAAACAAAAGAGGCAAAAUGAUUUAGGGGUUAAGGGCUCUGACCAUAGAGUUUGGACUUCCCUUGGGGGCUCUUUGAGGUAGGGUCUAUGACACCAAUUGCAGUGAUCACCAGGACUUCUGCCAAGAUCACCACACCACUACUUGCAAUGCUUAUGCACUUAGGUCUUUAUUUAGCUUUCUGCUCUCCUCCUUUUACAGUUUGAAAUGUUGACAGGGUCGUUGCCAUUCCAGGGGAAAGACAGAAAGGAGACAAUGGCUCUCAUUCUCAAAGCCAAGCUAGGAAUGCCACAGUUUUUGAGCACAGAAGCUCAGAGUUUGCUUCGAGCUCUUUUCAAGAGGAAUCCAUCCAACAGAUUAGGUGCUGGCCUUGAUGGAGUUGAAGAAAUUAAGCGGCAUCCUUUUUUUGCUACUAUAGACUGGAAUAAGUUGUACAGGAAAGAAAUCAUGCCGCCUUUUAAACCUGCUGUGGGACGGCCAGAGGACACCUUUCAUUUCGACCCUGAAUUCACUUCACGGACACCAACAGGUAACCAGGAAUAG